AUGGUCCGCACUUCCGUCCUCCACGAUGCCCUCAACAGCAUCAACAAUGCCCAGAAGGCUGGCAAGCGCCAGGUCCUGAUUCGCCCCAGCUCCAAGGUUAUUGUCAAGUUCCUCCAGGUCAUGCAGAAGCACGGCUACAUUGGCGAGUUCGAGGAGGUCGACGACCACCGCUCCGGCAAGAUCGUUGUCCAGCUCAACGGCCGCCUCAACAAGACCGGUGUCAUCUCUCCCCGCUACAACGUCCGCCUCGCCGACCUCGAGAAGUGGGUGGUCAAGCUGCUCCCAGCCCGUCAGUUCGGCUACAUUAUCCUCACCACCUCUGCUGGUAUCAUGGACCACGAGGAGGCCCGCCGCAAGCACGUUGCCGGCAAGAUCAUUGGCUUUUGCUACUAG